AUGUCCCCUGCUGCCGAGGCUGUACGACGGAAUCGACCCGGGACUAAACAAGAGGUAGAUGCAAGUUAAUUUUUUAUUCCACCAUAUCAGGAAUGGUGUAAAUGGCCUAGUGAACCGUUUGAAGAGAUGGAUAGCACUUUGGCUGUCCAGCAAGUAAUGCCGAUUUAACCCUUUUAUUGUGUAGUAUAUACAGCAACUCAUCAGGAAGGAUUUCCGGAAUGUGGAUGAAAUUCUUUUGCCUCCGGAAGGACAAGACCAGGGGGUGUGGAAGUACGAGCAUUUACGCCAAUUUUGCAUGGAGUUAAAUGGCCUAGCCAUACGCCUACAAGAGCAGUGCACUCCGGAUACCUGUGCUCAAAUGACGGCAACAGAACAGUGGAUUUUCUUGUGUGCUGCUCAUAAAACACCAAAAGAGGUUAUUUUGCCUUUUCUGUAACAUAAUCUGCUCCGCAACAUUGUCACCAUGAAGACGGAUUGGUCCCCUAGAUAAGCCUCUGACUAUCUGGUGCGUCCAAGAAUGACAGAUAAUGGAAUGUCCUUCAGUGAAAAUUAGCUACGAACCAAACCAUCUUUUGGAUCUAACGAAUAAGCAGUUGCGGACCAGCAACGGUAGUGCUAACAGGCCGCGGCAGCCUAAGGUCAGACUGGCCAGCCUGCAAAAUCUCAAUUGUCACUAAUGACCUUGCUUGUUAUUUCUGCCUUAUAGUUGUGCCCUUGAGCUAGCGCUUUAAUUCCCCUGCGCAAUGUUAUCUGGCGAUCACGUCAGUCUAGGAAGUCCUGCCAUAUUGCCUCGCCACCAGCGAAUCGUCCGCAGGCGUUUUUGAAGAAUUGUGUGUAUUGUCUGAUGUCCUGGUACACUACCAAAAAUCGACCAUCAGUUAUUCCGCGCCAAUGCAUGAACGAAUACUUAGGAUUUUGAUGUGCACAAGGUUCCAGUUUCUUGAGACAGGCAACGUUUGAGUUGCAAAACGUUAGGACUUUGGUCCAGCUAAGUUUUCUUAUCGCUUUCAGUAGCAGGUCGAUUUUGCCUACACUCAUCUUGUUCUUGAUCACUGACUUAUCAGGCAGUCGACCUCUCUCCUUGUAGUGUCCAGCCAUUGAUUAUACUCGUCAUACCCUGGAUGGUGCGGCGUGCCUCCUAAACAGCAACAAAUACUUCCCCAGUCGGUACGUUUUUCUCCUCUAAUUAUACAUCAUCUAGGGUUACCAUUAAGGAAUCAUCGAUUGCCAAGUUGGGUUCGGUUUGCCGGCGCGUUUACCGAAUCUUCUCGCAUGCUUAUUACCACCAUCGGGCGAUUUUUGAUGAAUUUGAGGUAAGGCAGUCUUCUUCACGCUUAAUCACUAUCGUCACUUGUCCUAUCUCUGUGUACAGAGUCCCUGGAGCCGUCUGCUGUUUUACAGCAAUGCGCUUUCCGAGCUCUUCCAAUUUUUCACUUUUCCGCAACCCUCUCAAAGAGCCUGUUCUUACGAUAUAAUUUCAACUCUAUUUCAGGAGAAGACUGCCUUAUGUCAUCGUUUUACAUCCUUCGUUUUGAAAUACAGUCUGAUGAACAAAGAGAAUCUCUUAGUCCCAAUUGCUGGCUCCUCUGUUGACGAUUGCAGCGCGGCGACAACAACGCCGCUUGCGACAAAUGUGACCAGCGGCGCAACUGAUGUCGAGGUCUAA